AUGGUGACUGUAGAAACUGUAGACUUUGGGGUGCACAAGGGGAAGACGGUGAAGAAGAUAACUUGGCGGACCAGUUCAGGGGCUGAGGUCUCCGUCAUAUCUUAUGGAGCUAUCGUCCAGUCGAUAAAGGUGCCAGACAAGUUUGGGGUCAAAAAGGACAUAGUUCUGGGUUUCGAUGACCUUGAGGGUUACGUCAAGAGAAAUACUCCAUACCUCGGGGCUACCGUCGGCAGGUGCGCCAACCGCAUCGGGAAGGCAUCCUUUGAAAUAGACGGAAAGACCUAUAAGGUUGCUGCGAAUGUUGGAAAAGACCAUCUUCAUGGUGGCAUUGUGGGGUUUGAUAAGGUAGUAUGGGAGACUACCCUACUGGGUACCAAAGUGGUGUUCACCUAUUACUCCAAGGACUUGGAGGAAGGUUACCCUGGGGACCUGGUCACCAGCGUAACAUACGAGGUGACGGACGAUAACAAGUUACACGUCCAGUUCAAGGCAACCACUACAAAGAAAACCGUGGUUAACUUAACCAACCACUCGUACUUCAACUUGGCUGGUGAUGAUGCUGGUGCGCAGGAGUUGUACAAUCACAUGGUUUCCAUUAACGCUGAUAAGAUCACCGAAACGGACUCCAACUCUAUCCCAACUGGUGCGUUUUCCAUAGUUCGGAACACACCGUUCGACUUCACCCUGUUCAAGAAGUUAGGUGAUGCCAUGGCAGCAGGACAGAACCUAUUUGAUGACAACUUCUGCGUCAAUACUUUGGGCCCAUCGAUUUUGUCCCUCGUGGCUGUGGUCACCCAUCCAAGUACCGGCCGUUUCCUGGAAGUACACAGCAACCAGCCAGGAGUUCAAUUCUACACAUCCAAUUUCCUCCCCUCUCCUUCUGAACCAGCUUUAAUAGGCAGGAAUGGAGCUGGUUACAGACGCCACGGGGCUUUCUGCCUUGAAACCCAAACCUUCCCAGAUGCCGUUCAUCAUUCCAACUUCCCCACCAGCAUCUUGAACCCUGGCGAAGAGUAUGAUCACCGUGUUGUCUACAAGUUUGGUGUUUAUACUAAUGAUAAGGUUAUUGAACCCUCGGUAUUGCCAGCUUAG